CUGAGGGGAAACUGGGUAAAUGGGUUUGUCAAGAGGAAACUACAGAAGCUGAUUGUGGAUUAAAAACGCAUUGUUGUUCAAAUCUAACACUGGAAUAAAGUGCUACUCUGAAAAUGGAUAUAACUCAGGAAUCUGGGAAGGAAACUCGCCCACAGUGGGAUAACAAGAUACAGUACCUGCUCACCUGCAUCGGAUUCGCAGUGGGAGUGGGGAAUCUUUGGAGAUUUCCGUAUCUUUGCCAAAUAUAUGGAGGGGGUGCCUUCCUUAUCCCGUACCUGAUAGCGCUGGUGUUUGAAGGCCUCCCACUGCUCUACCUGGAGUUGGCGAUAGGACAGAGAAUGCGCCUGGGCAGCACUGGAGUCUGGUACUCGAUCUCGCCACUUCUCGGAGGAGUUGGUAUUGCAUCCAUGAUCGUUUCAUUCCUCGUAUCCCUUUUCUACAACACUCUCCUGGCUUGGAUUCUUUGGUACUUCUUUCACUCGUUUCAAGAUCCCCUGCCAUGGAGCACGUGUCCUCUCAACCAAAACCGCACAGGCUUCAACGAGGAGUGUGAGAAAAGCACCUCAGUGAAUUACUUCUGGUAUCGUGAGACCCUGAACAUCACGACAAACAUUGAAACCAGUGGAACUAUACAGUGGACCGUGGUUUUGUGUCUGGCCAGUGCUUGGUGCAUUGUUUACAUCUGCUUCAUCAAAGGAAUCCAGUCGAUGGGAAAGGCCGUGUACGUGACAGCAACUUUCCCGUACCUUGUCCUGACGAUAUUCCUAAUCCGGGCCCUUACGUUGCCGGGGGCCGUGGAUGGAAUAAAGUAUCUCUUCACUCCAGAGUGGGAGAUUCUGAUGAACCCGCAGGUGUGGCUUGAUGCUGCCACUCAGAUCUUUUUCUCUCUCUCUGUGGCGUUUGGAGGACUCAUCGCUUUUUCGAGCUACACUGAAGAAAAAAACAAUUGUGAGAGGGACGCGCUCUUGGUUGGCAUCAUCAACAGUGCCACGUCUCUCUACGGCUCCAUCCCGAUCUUCUCAAUCCUGGGAUUCAAAGCUACGAGCGCUUACAACCUCUGUAAAGACAGGAACAUCCUGGCCCUCACCAACCACUUUGAUUUUCCGGAUCAAAACAUCACUCGUGACAACUACGACUAUUGGAUCAACCAUUUUAACCAAACACAUCCAGACUCGAUCUCCGGUUUAAAUCUGCGUCCGUGUGACCUACAAGCAUUCCUUAAACAGAGCGCUUCUGGAACAGGUCUGGCGUUCAUCGUGUUUACUGAAGCGGUGAUCGAGAUGCCCGGCUCGCAGAUAUGGGCGGUGCUGUUUUUUAUCAUGCUCUUUAGCUUGGGUCUCUCCUCGAUGUUCGGUAACAUACAAGGCGUUCUUACACCCAUCAGCGACCUCAAAAUGCUGCCAAAGUGGAUCCCGGACGAGCUCGUAACAGGGCUUCUAUGCAUCGUCUCGUUUCUUGUGGCACUCAUAUUUGCGCUGGGUUCUGGGAAUUACUGGUUGGAGGUUUUUAACGCCUAUGUGGGCUCAGUACCUCUGCUUAUAAUUGCAUUCUUUGAGUUGGUUGGCGUCAUCUAUGUCCGUGGGAUGAAAAGGUUUAGUGACGACAUCUUGUUCAUGACGGGGAAAAGACCCAACAUUUUCUGGAAGGCGUGCUGGAUGGUGAUCAGUCCCUUGAUGCUGCUUGCUGUGCUGAUUGCCUAUGUGGUUUUACAAGCAGCGAAACGCCCAACCUACCCCUCAUGGGACCCAUCGUAUGAGUCUUUUCCUGACACCAAAACCCUGGAGUAUCCUGACUGGGUCUUUGCCAUAAUCAUCCUGCUCUGUGUGGUGCCCAUCGUUUCCAUUCCCAUAGUGGCUCUACAUAGACUAAUCCGUGGUGGAAUAAGGAGGUCCUCCCCCAGAUCUGAACUCAGCGCCUACAGCAAUGGAGGCUUUGAUGCAGAGUACAGGCCGAACAAGACAUAAAGCACUUAGCACCAUUAUGAUGCGUCAAUGGACAGAACUUCCUGAGUCCUUAUCUCUACAAUAUACAGCACAUACUGCAUUAUUGACCUGGUCAGUGACCAUAAA